UUCAACCUCAAAUUUCGAUAUCAACAUCAGUAAACUGACGUUUCUUAUUGAUAAAUAAUAAAAUAAAUUUAGGCUGAUUUUCCGAUUUAGGUGAACUUCGCCCCUAAUAUGUUUGAAAAGCUUAUGUUUUAUUGAAAAUAUGGAAGGUGAAGUAGAUCUGAUUGGUCAAUUAGAAAAUGAUGAUUUUUUCAGUCAUUUCUUGAGCCAGGAUUCUAAUUCUGAGUUCUGCGAUCAUAUAGCAAUAAGUGAUAAAGUAAAAAAACUCGGCGAAGGAAUCGAGUCGAUAACUAAAGAAUUACAAAAAUGUGUUUUGGAUAAAUAUGAAGAUCUUCUGAAACAAGCUGAUCACGCAACAAAACUAGAAAAUAUUUUGAGUUUAAUGAAUAGCCAUGUAUAUAAUUUGGUUGCAAACGCUGAAAAAUUAAGAAAUCAGAUAAAUGUGCCCUAUGAAGCUCUUAGCAAGCAUACUCAAGUAUUAGGAAGAUUACAUCUGGCUAGUCACAUUCUGAGACAAGUUAGUAGGAUUCAACAACUGAGCAAAAGACUAAGUAAUACAAGUGAUCCAAGUCAAAAAGCUUUGAUUCUUCAGGAAUUAGAGCAACUAGCUUCAGAUGAAGAUUUGAAAGAUAUUCACACGGUGACUGCAGAAUUAAGAAAUAUAAGAACACAGCAGCAGAAAGUUGUGCAGUUAGCCACUGUGUCUCUGAAUCAAGGAAUAAUCAAUGAAAAUUCAGUGCAAACUACAUCUGCCUUACAAAUUUUUAUAAACUUGGGAACUAUAAACAAGGUUCUAGAUAACCUCAUAUCUUCAACUUUGUCAGAAUGCAAACAGAGUAUAACCUAUGCCUUUGAGUCAGCUUCUAAUACUAAAUCCAAAGCAGGUCAAGGUAGAAUUUCGCUUUCAUCUUCACAAGGAUUCAGAACAAAAAUUUGGACAGAAUUAGAGAAAGCAUUCAGUGAGGAUAUCCAUCAGCAUUGCAAACAAGUAAAAUUUCUACAAAGCUGUCUAAAUAAUUUGAAUCUUCAAGAUAAAGAAAUAGAAGUAGCAGCUAAAUUCUGGUCAUUGUUAGGUAAAAUAAUACAAGAACAAAUAAAUGCUGCGCCCUAUUCAAUACAACAAAUGCUAGAAGAAGAUUAUCCUAGACUGCUCAGAUGUUACCUAGAUAUAUCAAAAAAACUUAAUUAUGAAUAUUUCACCUUUGAUCGAACAGUUUUGGAGAAAUGUGAAACUGCUUAUUUGUCAACAUCACUCACUACAUUAUUAGAUCCUACCCAGGAAAUGUUUUCAGUAGAAAAUUGUGUUGCACCUUCUACUGAUGACAUAGACAAGAUUGUUCGUAUUAUAUCAAGUAAUUUGAGCGUGGCUCUAAUCGAGGAAAACCUAAGUAGAAAGAUCAGCAAAAACGUAUCGAAAUGUAUCAAGAUGUUUGCCGUCAAAACUGAACAACAACUAGAUACUGGUCCAGACUCCGCACAGGUCAUCGGCGGAAACGCUAAUAUAGGACAACAAAAAAAUGUACAGCUCGCCAAUCGUCUCAAUUAUUUUCAGAGGCAAAUCCAAAGGAUAUUAUCUAAUAUGAAUGAAAGCUUGUCAAACUCGAAAAUUGAGAUAAUAUAUGAUGCAUUAAAUGGUAUUGAUGUUCUCAGUGGAGCUAUUAUGCAACCACUUGUAGUUUCUAUCAAUUCAACAGUGGAGACUAUUAUUGUUACCAUACAUGUUGAAGCUGAUUGGACCAAGUUGCCAGCUGUCAACAAGCAAACAUCUUGUAGUCCGUAUAUGAGAGAAUUGGGUCAGUUCAUAACUCGAGUCUUCAAUACUUAUUUGGCUCAAUUUGAGAACAAAGAAGUAUUGCUUUCAAAGUGUAGCGAAAUAGCUAUGAGAUGCAUUGAACUAUUCGUUAGACACACAACCUUAUUGAGACCAAGUUCUCCUAUAACAGAGGGAGGAAGACAGAGGCUGAGGGCAGAUUAUGUUUAUCUAGAGUCUGCAUUGAAAAUUUUAUGUCCGAAUUUAUCAGAGCUUGGUAGACCCUAUAAACUUCUGAAAGCAAUGACCUCACUGAUAACUUUAUCUCCCACUGAAAUCAUUGAUAGUUAUACUGAAGGGAGUAUAGUGCCUCCAAGUACCGUUCUGUUGUUGCUAUUUUCUCAUGCAGGAACAGAACUGGCAAGUCCUCAUCAAAACACAGGAUGGUCUUUGCAGAAAUUGUCUGCUUGGUUAGAUCAGCACCAGUCCGAAUCGGACAGGUUAGAUUUGAUGGCUGGCGCUCUGCAGAGGUAUGAAGCUUUGAUAAGACAAAAAAAUUCUGUUAAUUAUGAUCCAGUAUAUCCCCUUAUGUCCCAAUUUCUUGAAAAAGUGAUAAAAGCAAAUAAAUAAAUUCAAUAUGGUAUUAUAG